GAUAGUCGCAUCGGUCAUUGAAGUGUAGAGAAAAAUGGAACCUUAAUUUCCUAAACCAACAAAAUUCAUAACUCAAAUCUCCAACUUCUCUCGCAAACUCUUCGCACGGAAUUUUACAGUUUAUUCACAGAUUCAAAUCCCUCUCGCAUCUCUCCUCUGAUCACACGCACGCGCAUGCAAUGACGACCAAGACUGUGAAAGUGAGCAAUGUCUCACUGAGUGCAACAGAACAAGACAUCCAGGAGUUCUUUUCCUUCACUGGGGUAAUCCAAUACGUUGAAAUGAAAAGUGAAAAUGAGAGAUCUCAAUCUGCAUAUGUCACUUUCGCCGAUGCUCAGAAUGCAGAGACUGCUGUUCUUCUUUCGGGAGCUACAAUAGUGGACCAGACAGUCUCCAUUUCCCUUGAACCAAACUAUACGCUGCCAGCAUCGGCAGCAGCAGCAGCUACAGCAUCACAAGGCGAUAAUGCAGGUGGUGGUGUUGCAGCUGCUGCGCAGAAGGCAGAGGACGUUGUCAGCGGCAUGGUAGCCAAGGGUUUCAUAUUAGGGAAAGACGCCCUUAACAGGGCAAAGUCUUUCGAUGAGAGGCACCAACUCACAUCAACUGCUUCAGCCACAGUAGCAUCGCUGGAUCAGAAGAUCGGACUGAGUGAGAAAAUCACUGUCGGAGCAACUAUAGUCAAUGAUAAAGUGAAGGAAGUAGACCAGAAGUUCCAGGUUUCCGAGAAGACUAAGACAGCUUUUGCUGCUGCUGGACAGACCGUCAGUACUGCAGGAACGGCCGUCAUGAAAAACCGAUACAUCCUGACUGGCGCUACGUGGGUAACCGGUGCUUUCAGCCGGGUUCAGAAGGCGGCCGAGGAUGUUGGACAGAAAACGAUGGAGAAAGUCGCGGAGGAAGAGCAGGGGAGAAAUGAAGCUCAAGGUUACACUAAGCUCGACACAACUGAUUCGCCCAAUGCUGCUCCGACUACAACAAAUCCGACUCCGACUCCGACUCCAAGCGACCAAAAACCCGACUCUCCAAAGGGAUUGAUUCUCUGAACUAUAUGAGGUGAGAAUAAUUUGUGUAUAUAUCAUACUACAUGCUUUCUGAUGCUUGAAUCGUUUAGCUAGAAACUACCUCUCCUUUUGAACAUUUUGUGACUGCCUUUUUGAAUAAGAAAUUACUUCUUAGAUAUUGAGUCAUUGACAAGCACUUACCAUC